CGGGAGAGGGCAGGCGUCAGUAGCCCAGUGUGCGAUCGCGGGGGGAAUCGAGAGGGCGAGAACGGGUUGUGGACACAAUGGAUUCCCAAACUGACGGACUGUAGGUAGCGGCAGGACGAGCCUUUGAUGAAUGCAGGAAAAAAGACGGAGAAGCAAGGGGGGGCUAUGACGUUUCAGUUCAGCCACAGCAACGCGUGAUCAACCAUGAUGAAGACAGAACCCCCCUCUGCGGCUAGUGCCACCGCCCCCACCUCUCUCCGGAGUGCCUCCCCGCACAGGAACGCCUACGAGGCGGGCAUGCAGGCGCUCAAGCAGGCCACGGACACCCUCAACAGUGCGGCCAACGGCGAGGAUGCCAAGGACGGCAAGGCGCGGCCCAUGGGUCGAGGCCGUCGCUAUGGCGCCAACGUGCACCGCAUCAAGAACAUGUUCAUGCAGAUGAACUCCCCGGGCGACGAGGAGGACCCGUCCAAAGUCAGCGACCAGGUGCGCCUGUCCAUCCCGCGAGCCAGCAGCCUGACUGACAACAUGGACCAGGGCGCCCUGGGGCCGAUGAAGGCGGGCACCAAUAUCUCGGAGCGGGCUAGCCGCUUGGAUGCCAAGGUGGACGGGGGCAUCCCCCGCGGAGCGCCCGCCGGCUACUCCAAGCUGCAGGAGAUGAAGAAGAUCUUCGAGCAGCGCCAGCUGCAGGAGAAGCAGGUGGCCACCAACCGGAUCCUGCUGAAGAAAGAGCGCGCCUCUGGCUUUCAGGACGGGCGCCUGGACGUCGUGGUCCGCUUCAACGGCAGCACCGAAUCCCUGGACAGCCUGGAGCCGCCGCCUCAGCCUCCGCCGCUACCGGCAGCCGGCGGGGGUCCGACCGAGGCCGUGUCGCCGACGGUCAGCCAGCUGAGCGCCGUGUUCGAGAAAGCGGAGAUACGCAACAACGUCCACCGGUCCUCCUCCUCGUCCGCCUCCCCGCUGUCCUCGCGAGGGGUCAGCCCCAUCCCGACCAAGCCGGCGCCCCCUCCGCCUCCCAGCUCCAAAACCACAGCCAAGAAGGUGCGGAUAUUGCCCCCGCAGGACGGCCAUCAGCAGGAGGACGGGGGAGCUCCAGACGAGGAGCACGAAGCCGCAUCGGGGAGCCCCAGAAACAAAGCCCGAGUCCCGGCAGAGAGGACCGGCUCGCAGGGUCCCCCGCUUGGAGACAAGGCUCAGGCGGCACACAGCCGUGCCGCGACAGAGCCGCACCAAGACGGCCAGGACCGACCCGGGCAGGAGGCGGGCGCCCGAGGAGCGGAGCAGCUCGAAAGGCUGGGAGAGCAGGGAGACGCGGGCACCCCAGAGGCGGCGAGCAGACUGGUCCAGGCUGAGGUCCACGCCUCCUUGGAGAACGGCGAGGCCCCCGGGGGCCCGCAGGUGAGGGUCACGGAGGACGGCGUGGAGAGGCCGGCGAUGGGACUCAUGGGCGAGGAGGACGAGAUCGAGGAGGAGUCCCGGAAGGAGGAUUACUCGGAGGGCGACCUGGUGGACAUCAGUGCCUACAGUGGCGUCGGUGACGACUCGGGAGGCAGCCAGCUGGACGAGGAUGAGGAGGUGGACGACGACGAGCCCUACGAGCCCGAGUCCAGCUGCUCUGAGAUGGUUGGCCUCCCUGCUGAGGAGGAACCGCCGUCUAACCGCAAGAUUCGCUUCAGCGUUGACCCAAUCAAGGUGUUUACCACAUAUUCCAACGAGGACUACGACAGGCGUAACGAUGACGUGGACCCCAUGGCGGCGUCGGCGGAGUACGAGUUGGAGAAACGCGUGGAGAGGCUGGACCUGUUCCCAGUGGAGCUGGAGAAAGAUGGCGACGGCCUGGGCAUCAGUAUCAUUGGCAUGGGUGCGGGCGCUGACAUGGGCUUGGAGAAGCUGGGCAUCUUCGUCAAGACCGUCACAGACGGCGGCGCAGCUCACCGAGACGGCAGGAUCAUGGUGAAUGACCUCAUAGUGGAGGUGGACGGCACCAGCCUGGUAGGCGUCACCCAGAGCUUCGCUGCCUCAGUCCUGAGGAACACCAGUGGCAGUGUCAAGUUCAUCAUUGGCCGCGAGAAGCCGGGCGAGCAGAGCGAGGUGGCCCAGCUGAUCCAGCAGACCCUGGAGCAGGAGCGCUGGCAGCGGGAGAUGAUGGAGCAGCGCUACAACCAGUACAUGGAGCACGACGAGGAGACGGGAGAGUACGGCACUGAUGAAGAUGAGGAGAUGAGCCCCAUGUUCCCCAACGCCAUCGAGGUGUUUGACCUCGCCGAGAAUGAAGACAUGCUGUCGCCCGUGGAGAUGGACCCCGAGAAACUCGUCCACAAGUUUAAGGAGCUCCAGAUUAAGCAUGCUGUCACCCAAGCGGAGAUUCAGCAGCUGAAGCGGAAGCUGGCCCAUGCGGAGCAGGAGAAGCUGCGCUGGCGGAUGGAGCGCGCUCAGCUGGAGCAGAGCGUGCGCGAGAGCAAGGAGCGCAUGGAGAAGCUGGAGGGCUACUGGAUGGAGGCCCAGUCCCUGUGCCAGGCCGUGGACGAGCACCUCAAAGAGACGCAGGCCCAGUACCAGGCCCUGGAGCGCAAGUACAGCAAGGCCAAGAGACUCAUCAAAGAAUACCAGCAGAAGGAAAUUGAGUACCUGAAGAAGGAGACCGCCCAGCGAAGAGCUCAGGAAGAGACAGAGGCUACUCACAAGGUCGAGACAGAUAAUCUCCAAGACAAGGUAAAAAUCUCAGACCUGGAGACCAAAGUGGAUGCUCUGAAGACCUCCGACCCGUCCUAAACCUCUAAGCCCGAGGAAGAGAGGGAGCCUGGCCCGUGAUCCCAGCUCAUCCUUUUCCUCCAGCUAGCUUUCCCCCCAGCAGCCACAGAGAAAACGAACGAACAAACAAACGAACGGCUGGAAAACCCCCCCCGAGAAACGAACGACAGGAAGAAGACUGGGAAAUGGGAUGCUACUGAGGAAAGGGGAAUUCAAAACACACACACACACACACACACACACACACACACACACACAGCUUAAAAAAACAGACAAAACCAAACUCUCUUUCGAUGUCUUGUUGUUCCCAUGGUGUUUGUCAGUGUGUCCAUAGAAGGCACGUGACAACUCUUCGGUCUCACGUGUAACAACCACCAAACCACCCCUGAAAUAACGUCAGUGGUUUUCGAUUCAUCAGUUUUAGGCUUAUCUUUCAUCACUUACUGCCCGAGCCUGUCACGUCAUGGGACAAACCACACACAGCAGCAUCAAAGAGCAGACAUUCUACAGCUACAGUGUAAUAACGCCGAAUUUCUCAAUGCACGACAAGGAAAACCCCAAAAUGGCCGCCCCCCUCUUGACCUGUCAAUCAGUUGGAGGAAUUGGAUGGAGAGCGAGAGAGAGAGCGAGAAAGAGAGAUAGUUCCGUUUGUACAGAAGGAAAUCCCUGUAAGAGGACAAGACUGAGCUUGUAUAUAUUCUUUACAUAUAUUUAAAACAAAAUGUUUGUUUGUUUUUUUUAAACGCUUCAAGCAGUGUGCGGAGGAUGGUGUGGGUGAGUGGGCGGGAAGAGGUGUUACUGAAGCCAUUGCUGUAUGGCCACACCGUUCUCUUAGCGAAAAAAAAGUAUGGUGUGUUAGAUAAGAGGUGCAAAACCGAGUCGUGAGGACCGGAAGACGAAUGGUUGUGUAUUUCCUUCUCUUAGCGAAAAAGGGGCAAACAGGGUUUGAAUAUGUGGAAGCGUAACAUAUUAACAUGAGGUUAUGGGGUUGCUUUACCUCUCUCUCAGUUUAACGUAGAUGAAUAAAGGGUCAGUAUUACCAUGAUGAUGAUGAUAAUGUGCUUGACUCUGUGUGAAUGAGGGAUGUAAAGUCAUCCCCCUAAACAGUCUGUGGUGGUCAUCAGUGGAGUCGCGUAUCAAAACGUAUUGGCGGGAGAAGGAAAGAAAAGAAACUAGACUAUGCUUCCCAUGAGCUCUAGGGUGAAGUUGUGCAGAAGGGUGAAAGAGAAGGUGGAUCCUCCGUGUGGGUUCCACACAGUACUAUUCUGAACCUCAGAAACCAGCCAGCUGCCUUCUUCCCUUCACUGUCGCUCAUCUCAUUGGCUUGGCAUUAAAUUCUUUGUAUUUUAGCAUCGAAUAGAGUACCGCUCACAUUGCCUCCCUCUCAUGCUCCUUUGAUGCUUUGACUUUCAUGGCUCAACCUCAAAAUGGCCUCACUUUUACAGCAUGCUGGCCUCCUUUUUUAAGAAAAAAACCAUUUCACCGCAAAACAAACCAUUUCACCUCAGCAUCAUCGGUAAUGCUAAUAGAACUCAUUUCACUUUUUAGACUGUGAAAUAAAAGUCUCUUUUUCGAGUUACUCUGACUUUCAUAGGCCUCUAUAGUAACUGUUCCAGCUGUGACGAAUUCACCAGUCCAUGAUCCUAGCCUACCAGGCCAACACUCAGUCUCUGGCUGGGGCGAAGGCCCUCACUAGGCACUGAGUGGUCUCUGUUGGAUGGUUGGCAUUUCCCAUGGUCCCCUCUGCAGUCUUCCCCCCAUCUCCCCUCCGUGGUCCUUCUGCUUAGGGCGUUUGCUGUUAAACUCCCAGUGCUUAAGCUUUAGCUUCUGUUGGUAGGUGUUAGAUUAAGCAGUUUUGUGAGGACAUACAGUAUGUAACAGGCAAACAUACACAUACAUACACACACAUACACACACACACACAAAUGGUCACUCAUGAAGAGUCUUAUUUUGAAAAGAUGGAAUGAUAUGGUUCCUGAAGGUUUUUUUUUAUUUGGUUGUCUUUGUUGUGUCUGUGUUUUUUUUUUUUUACGUGGAGGACUCUGAUGUUAGGGCAAUGGAGAUUGGGCCUUAUCUAUUUGAAUUUGUUUCACUUCUUUUUGUCUCAUUGGAACAUAAUUUAAGGUUUAUAUUGCUCAGAAGUGUGCAAAUGGAAGUGGGAUCAUACUUACAGGAACAGUUACAUUCGUACCCCUCUGUUGCUCAAACAGAACAGUGUUACCAGAGCCAGCGCAGUUAAGUAUUUCUAGUUUGGUCCACCUCUGGUGCAAAAGCAGUUUAAUAAGGAAAGUAUUAUUCUCUCGGUUUGAUUGAUUUCAGUCAAAGAUGUUGAAAACUCUUGCAUCUUUGGACCACAUAAGGUAUUAUGUACAGACAGCCCACAACGUUAUUGUAAUGGUUUCUCAAAGUUACCUGUUUUCUUAUUAUAAGAAAAUGACUUGGGGUAAACAAUAAGCAUGGUAUCGCUGUCGGCUGUUUUUCUUUUUUUUUAUUAUUAGUUGAUUCCUUUUUAUUGUAAACCAGACCUACUGGAAUUAAGCAUGGAAUGACCAUUACAUCAUUAAACAUCAGAUUCUUCAGCUAGAAUCCUAUUUUCCAAACAGUCAGCCUCAUACUCCAAAGCUAAUCUCUACACCAUUGCAGUUGUAGUCUUUUCACUGAGGCCAGUGCAGUAUAUGUGACAUUCUAAAGAGAUUAACUAGCUGCAAUGAACCAGAUGAAUUGUAUCAGUACUUAUGGUGUUGGUGGAGAGAACAUGUCUGAUUCCAUUUGAUGACACCCUUCCAAGAGGGAGCUUGUAGUUUUAUUAGGGUUACUUGUUUUUGUUUUUUUUUUUAACUCGGCACCUUGUUAAGAGGGCUCAGCAAGAUCACUGAAAAAAGUCAGGAACAGAACAUAGGACUACCAGACAGGUAAUAUGCUGUAACAAACAUUCCAUGAACAACAGAUGCCAUUCCUUGCUUCAUGUUGCUACCGCAUCCUUUAAAGUCCACUUGCGACACUGACUACGAAUGGACAAACUCGACGGUGAACUCACUUGGCUUGAGCUGCUGUACACCAACGUGCAGAGCAGUUGACCUGGGAACUGUGCAGACAUCUCAAACAUCACUAGCAGCAACAGGACUCUUGUCUGAGCUGUCCUCCUGAGAAGACGGCAACGAAAUGGCAUCAGGAAAUUGUUUGAUUGAAACUAGCAAUGCCAGUCCAGGAUUUUCUUCUUUUUUUUUUAACAGCACACUCAGUGAUGUUUUUGUUUUGUUUUGUUUUAUUUUGUUUAAAUGCUCUUGUUUUGGACCUUUGGAUCAAGUUAAAUCUUUGUGUACCUAAAGAGCAGCUGACUGAUGGGUCAUGUUCCAGUCCCACUGCAUAGCAGCAGUCAACUGCUCUCUAGAACGUAUGGAUUAGCAGGGCAUAACAAUCUCCUGGGGAUGAAAAGAAAACAUGAAACUCACAGCCAUUCCUUGUUUUGUAUUUAAUGUUUUUUUUACCCCUGCUUUGUAAUUUGCUGUCAUGAUUCAUGAACAAUAAUGAUAACAAUAAUAAACAAUAAACUUCAUCUUGCUCA